UUGCUAAAGAAUGUUAAAACAAUUAAGCGUCUGUGUCAUUUAAGGUUUUAUUUUCUUCCAUAUUUUUCUUUUUUCUUUUUGGGUUUCAGUUUCAGGCCACAAAUCCAGGCUAAGGCAAAUGCGCUGCACGAAAACAUUUUUUCUUUUUUAUUCGCUGAUUCCCCUACCUGGGUUUCUUUAUUGUUCUCGUCUGGAUAUUCAUAUAUUUAGUUUAUAUUAAAGUUUAUCCAACGUCAACAAUAUCGUCAUCAUUGUCCCAUUCAGGUUUUUCUUUUUCUUUUCUUUUUUUUAUAAAAUUCUGAUCCACGUUUUAGGUGAUCAUGCCUGCAAUAUGCUGUGGUUUCACACCAAUGUUCUUUGGCUCCAAAGCCGUAAAACUUGUCCAGGGAAAAUCCUCUCAGAUAUCAAAGGUAUACAACAAGCAAAAGACAGGGAAGGGCUCCAAGCAGGAUAAUUCACCUCAUUUAGCAUGCAACUUCAUUCUGAUGAUGGAGCUUAGGAAAAAAAUUAUUACAUUUAGAGACAUCAUUGAUUUACCACCUUGUAAUACCGCUUUAUCCACAGAUCAGAUGAUAAUAGGGACAAUGCAAGAUCUCCAUAAAUAUUACCCUGAAAGUAUACCCCGAAUCCGUAGGUCAAAACUCAAAAGAUUACCUAUUGACAAGAUUCUGGUCUACUUCUGCAAGGCAUUGCAAGAGCUUGCAGACGUAUCAAAUAUGAGCGGUGCAGGGAUAGACAAAUGCAAGUUAGAUAUAACUGACAAUGAAGGCUGCAACGAAGUUGAAAAACUUGUUGAAAUUACUGUAACGACACUGAAUGGUUUGAUUAAAAUAGCAAGAGAGAAAGCUGAUAUGGUUAAUGAAGAUGGAGAAAACAAGGGUUUAUGUCCAAAGGCUAAAACUUAUUCAGAAAACAGCUAUGGCUGCCCUUCACCAACUUCAGUGCUUCCUGAGUUGAUGGAUCCCCCUCUAAAAUCUUAUGCAUCACCUCUUUUGUUAUCUGUCAACGUUCAAGCAGUGGGAAAACUGAGCCCCAUUGAUUUGAAGCGUCUCAAAUUACACAUGCUUCCUGAUAUGGGAGACGAUGUUCCCUACUUGAAGCAAAACAAGGUUAUGAUUAAGGAACAAGAUGAAGAAAUUGAUGAAACCAGAGAUUCCAAAUCUCAAGGUGAGGCUUUAGAGGAUCCAGUUUCCGGUUCAGACAAUGCAGCCGGUUGUGAUACGACAACAGAUGGAAGCAAUGCAGCACCACCAACGCCGCCAUCAGAGGUGAAACCUCCCGAGUUGUGCGGAGACGUGGAAGCGGCUGAAGAUAAACCCGUAUCUCCGCCACCAGCAACACCAGCAGAAGUUUUAUCCCCAAUUACACCACCACCACCACCACCACCUCCGCCACCGCCACAGCUGCCAACACCACCUCCCUCGCAGCCUAAUUUAGUAUCAAGAAAACCACCAAUACCACCUCCUCCACCACCCCAACCAAAUGCAGAAGCUUCAAAACCACCUUCAGUAGCAAAAGAACCAGAGUUGCACUCACCAGGAGCACCUUUGCCACCACCUCCACCACCACCACCAGAAGCGCCAUCGAAGUCGAAUAUGGUGGAAACAGUAGCACCAGUUUCGCCACCACCACCUGCACCUCCUGUUGUGGCGAAAGGAACGCCACCAGUUUUACCACCACCACCUCCUGUGCCUAGAAGUGCAUCAUUACCACCCCCACCACCUCCUAUUCAUAGAACUGCAUCAUUACCACCACCACCACCACCACCUAUGACACCUUCAAAUGGAUCAGGACCAAUGCCACCGCCUCCACCGAUACCCGGAUCGGCGGCGAAUGGAGCUGCUCCACCGCCUCCUCCACCUGGUUCCAUGCGCCUCAAGAAAGCAACUACUAGAUUGAAGAGAUCAAGUCAUAUGGGUAAUCUAUAUCGGAAUCUCAAGGGCAAAGUAGAAGGAGUUCCAAAGCGAGGCCCCGGAGCAGCUAAUGGUGGGAAAAAGAGUGGAGGUGGAAACAGCGGCGGUGGGAAACAACAAGGAAUGGCUGAUGCAUUAGCAGAGAUGACCAAGAGAUCAACUUACUUCAUACAAAUCGAAGAAGAUGUUCAGAAAUAUGAAAAAUCAAUCAAAGAGCUCAGAACUUCCAUCAGUACAUUCAAAACCGCUGACAUGUCUGAGUUAAUUAAGUUCAACAAACACGUGGAAUCCAUUCUCGAGAAAUUAACGGAUGAAACACAGGUUCUCGCAAGGUUUGAAGGAUUUCCCGGAAAAAAGUUAGAAGCUUUAAGGACAGCAUCGGCACUUUACUCCAAGUUAGAAUCGAUGUUGAAUGAACUAGAAAAUUGCAAGAUAGAGCCUCCUUUGGGUCAGCUUCUUGAGAGGGUUGAACGUUGCUUCGACAGGAUCAAAAAGGAAGUAGACUCCCUGGAGCGAACCAAGGAUGAAGAAGCCAAGAAAUUAAAAGGCCACAACAUCGAAUUUGACUUCCAAAUUCUUGUACGGAUCAAAGAAGCAAUGGUUGAUGUUUCCUCCAACUGCAUGGAGUUGGCACUGAAGGAGAGAAGAGAAGCAAAGUUGACGGCAAAUGAAAAGUCGAAGACCAAAGGUGAAGGGCCAAAGAAAGUAUGCAGUAAAAUGCUGUGGAGGGCAUUCCAAUUCGCUUUCCGGGUUUACACAUUUGCAGGCGGACAUGAUGAUCGUGCAGACAAGCUGACCCGAGAAUUGGCUCAUGAAAUUGAGACUGACCCUGAACAUCAGCAGUAGGUGUGUUACCUAUGUGUGAAACUUGAGAAAUCGAAUUUCUUUGUAAAUUAAAGCUACAUUUGUUCAAUUUGUGAUUUUGAUGGACUAGGAAAUUGAAAACUGCAGGCUUUAAAGAAACCGCCGAACUCCCCUUCUCAAUACUCUAAAAUAAUUUCUUUCAUAGAUGUUGUUUCGCUUACUUCAAUAAAGCACUCAAAUUCCUUUGUUUUU